UCACCAGGGGAGACCAUCCACCGCAAGUCACCAACUGGAGAUAUUAGCCCCGACAUCUGCUCCCCAAAAGCUCACCACGACGAAAAUCUGUACCAAAUCUCUUCCUCUAUCUCCCAGGCCAUCUCCUGCACCUCCUGAUUUUUUACCCCUGUGUCGAUCUCCGGUUGCAUUACUCUUCCGUCACAUCCCGUCAGUGCUUCACAGCUCCCCCAAGCCCCCGGCCCCCCUCUUUUUAGCUCACGUCACUACUGCGCAAGGCACCAUCGACUUUUUUUCUUCUCUUUUUCCCACUCUUAACUUCUAACUCUGCUGGCUGCAGGCAACUCCAAUCUCGAUUAUCUUCUCUUCUCAUUGUCUCUCCGUGCCCCCCUCGAAACCUAAUCCUCCUCUAAUCGGCUCCUACCACCGCCAUCAUGCAUCGCACCUAUUCUAUGCGCCAGUCGCGCGCCCCGACCGCCUCGCAGAUCGAGAAUCCCCCACCCCCAAUGUCCUCCACUAAGUCGAACCGGUGGCUCGGAAAGGGUGGCAUUGGCCACGCAUUCCGUAAAAAUGCCGCUGGUGCCUUUGGUCCUGAUCUCUCCCGCAAGCUGUCACAGCUAGUCAAGAUGGAGAAGAACGUUAUGCGCAGCAUGGAGCUGGUCGCACGGGAGCGUAUGGAGGUUGCUCAACAACUUUCGAUUUGGGGUGAAGCCGCCGACGAAGACGUCUCCGACGUGACGGACAAGCUGGGCGUUCUGAUCUACGAGAUUGGCGAGCUGGAAGAUCUGUUCGUCGACCGCUAUGACCAGUACCGCGUGACCAUCAAGAGCAUCCGCAACAUCGAGGCCUCGGUCCAACCCAGCCGCGAUCGCAAGCAGAAGAUCACCGAUGAAAUCGCCAAGCUCAAGUACAAGGAUCCCAACUCUCCUCGCAUCGUCGUGCUGGAGCAGGAACUCGUCCGUGCCGAAGCCGAGUCCCUCGUCGCCGAGGCUCAGUUGUCCAACAUCACCCGCGAGAAGGUCAAGGCUGCCUUCCAGUACCAGUUCGAUGCGCUCCGCGAGCACUGCGAGAAGGUCGCCAUCGUCGCCGGCUACGGCAAGCACCUGCUCGAUCUGAUCGAUGACACCCCCGUCACUCCCGGUGAGACCCGCCACGCGUACGAUGGCUAUGAGGCUAGCAAGGCCAUCAUCCAGGACUGCGAGGACGCUCUGAGCAACUGGGUUACCUCCAAGGCGGUUGUCAAGUCCAACAUGUCUCAGCGCUCGCGCACCCUCUCUCAGCGCCACCGUAGCAAUGUCAGCAAGAACCGCGAAGGUGUCGAUCUCUCCGGCCAGGACCAGCCCAUGACUGGUGACCGUGACUCUUGGCUGCCCGCUGACCAGCACCCGAACUACGAGGAUGACGUCGAGGACGAUCUCAGCCACGUGGAUCACGAGGCACGCGGCCGCGAGGAAGCGCGGGAGCCUAUCGCCGCCUAAGCGACGGUGAUACGAUGAUCUACAUUUUCAUUGUGUUUUCCUUGUCAUCUCCUUGUUUACGAAUUUGACGGCUUCUUUUCUCGUCCAGCUUCUGGAGUGUGGAGGGGGAAGGCAUGAAAGAAGAGUUCCAGCUCGGGGGUCUUCUGCUUGACCUCGGACCUGGUUUUGGCCUCUAUCCCCUCGACUUUCAUUAUCCCGAUUCUCCAAAUACCACACUCAUUUCUGCGUCUUCGCUGUCUUGCGUUAGGGUUCUGCAUGGCUUUGAGAAGGGAAUGGUCUUGGCAUUGCAUGCGGAUUUUACCACCAUUCCGCCCUCUAUAAUUCGACGAGCCCCGCGGAGCAUGUCAGCCGCCUCAUUAAUAACUUUCCAUGCCGGGCCAUCACUUCUCGAAACCAUCCACGGAUUCUUGCGUUGAGUCAGCCUGAUGAUCUCCUGCCCAUGUCGUGAUACAGCACCCGUUGCUCGUGCUUGCCUGCGACCCCGAUUCCUUUGUGUCCUAUCUAGGUCCUAGGUUGUGGAGCCCGAUGCUCCAGUCGGUUUCUCACCCGAUUCUCCAGGGUCUACUCAGGGUCUACUCUAGGAGAUUAGCGAGAGUCGGGCGAAACUGCAGCUCUACACGGCCGAAGAAAACGUUUGGGACAUUUUAUCAUGGGAUCUCCUAGUUCUCGUCUUCUUCUCUUUUCCUUCUUGUUUGUUCGUUUCCUUAAUGUAAUACCAUCUUGUGCUGUCCCGUUAUUCUCCAUUUCGUCGUGGGUUUUAUAUUGAUUGAAGCCUCCCUCAUUCGGGGAUGAGAAUCAGAAUAUGGAUAUGAUAGGAUAUGGUCUAGGGUAAUCAAUUAGGUGUUAAUGAAAUCUGUUUUACUGU